UACACAAUGAGUAACAUGUGCUAGUAAUUUAGAUUUACUGGCAGAUCUUUACUAAUGACAAUCCUUAUGAAAUCACGUCACCGAUCUAAUCUUACACAAACGUCUAAAAAUAAAUGAUUACACAAUACAAGGAAGCUUGUGCGGAUUUGUACUGUUAACAUCAAGACUCACAAUUUUCAGUGAUGCUCUUUACUUCUGUAUUGUUUAAAGAGGUAGAAGUGAAAGAUCACAGAUGACUGUCAGCUUUGUUAGUGUUGUGGCUUUUUUUCUUUUUCCACAGCUCAAAUUAAUAUAUUCGGAUUGUGAACACAACAUUCGUAAUAUCAAUGCAGAAAAAGGAAACUACACAUACUGCGUAUAUCACAGUAUCGAAGAGGUUCUCAACGUGCUGGUUCCAGCGCUGAAACAACAGCCACCACUGCCUGAAGUGAUGCAAGUCUACCACAAGGACCCAAUGGUGAUGAAAGCUGUUAUGCCGAUUUACAAUAGAAAACCUUUCAUCGUUAUUGAAGGAGUUCAAGGAACAAAGAAGACUCUCCUGGCGAAGAGACUGGCGCAGGAGAUUAACGGCACAUACAUCAGAAACCCGCCAUUCGUGAUGGAGAAGCUGUACCACUACUUGGAUGACCAUUGCUCCCAGGUCAGCAGCGCCUUCAUGGCCUUCGGGAACUACAUUGUUGCGGAACAGGCUAAGAAGCUGCUGCCAACCCACCCAGUCGUCCUGGAUAAAUACUGGCAUGGGGUAACUGCAUUCAACUUGGCAAAGGCAGCUCAAGACCUCGGUAUAGAAAUACCCCAGCCCUCGUCGCUGGUCUACUACUGGCCAGAAGAUCUGCUAAUGCCUGACCUAGCCUUUUACAUCAUGGUCAGUGAUGAGGUUCUCAAAUUUCGGUUCCAUAAGACGUUUAAGAAAGUCUAUCCAAAGGACUUCAGGAACAACAUCCAUAAAGCCUUGAUGAGGAUGACCAGCCCAAAAAUGUGGAGGAUAAAUGGGAACUUGAAGAGAAUUGACGUUGAGAGCCAAAUUUCUAUGAGGGUCUAUAAAAUGUUCUCCAGAAUGCUGUUCCCUGAAAUACACCCUAAAAGAUUGACAGCUUGAUUUGUACGUUAGAUUAAUAUAUUAAAAAUAUACAUUUUGUACUUCUUGUUUAUAA